AUGAUGGAAUGGGACAAUCAGCAACAGCCCAACAACCAUCACUCUUCUAAUCUUCAGGGGAUCGACGCUAAUGGUGGCUCCGGCGCCGCCGUUGGAGGAGGAGGAAUGUAUGUGAAGGUGAUGACCGACGACCAGCUCGAAACUCUGAGGAAACAGAUUGCUAUCUACGCCACCAUUUGUGAACGUCUCGUUGAGAUGCACAAAACCCUUACUGCUCAACAAGAUCUUGCAGGAGGGAGAUUGGGAAGUCUAUAUGCAGACCAAAUGAUGUCAUCCGUAGGUCACAAGAUGACUGCUAGACAGAGGUGGACUCCUACGCCGGUGCAGCUUCAGAUUCUGGAGCGUAUAUUCGACCAAGGCACGGGAACACCGAGCAAGCAGAAGAUCAAAGACAUAACAGAAGAGCUGAGCCAACACGGCCAGAUUGCUGAGCAGAACGUCUACAAUUGGUUCCAGAAUCGGCGUGCUCGUUCCAAGAGGAAACAACAUGGUGGUGGUGGUGGUUCUUCUAGCAACAACAAUGGCGAGUCUGAGGUAGAGACUGAAACCGAGUCAUUGAUUGACAAGAGAAAGAGACCAGAGGGUCUUCUUGUUCUACCUGAUGGAAACAACAAUGCCAUUGGGACAACAAGUACUAGUCCUAGGCCUGAAGAUCUUUGCUUCCAGAGCCCUGAGAUGAGCUCAGACCUUCACUUGCUAGGAGUUCUAUCAAACCCAAGGGAUGAGCAUCUCGUGGGAAAGAUGGGAUUGUCUGAAAGCUACAACCUUUAUGAUCAUGUCGACGAUUAUGGCAUUGAUUAA